AUGGCCAACGACAAGGAGCCUGGCAAGCCUGAAUUCGGGUACUCGAGUGGUGCUGCAUUGAUGGCUCGCGGUUCUCUCGCUCUGCACGACCACGUAGCAACUCGGAUGGACGCAGCAUUCGGAGAUACACAGCCCAUGAUUGAAGUACGCUUCAAGGAUCUAUCUAUAUCGGCAGAUAUCAUCGUGAAGGACGUGACGGAGAGCACAGCGGAGCUGCCGAUGUUGCCGAACGAACUAGCCAAGGAUUUUCGCAAGCUCCGUGCCAAGAAACACCUGGUCCAGAAGCAGAUUCUCAAAAACGUCAAUGGUGUGUUUAAACCUGGUACGAUCACGUUGGUAUUGGGCCAACCUGGUUCGGGCAAGUCGACGUUAAUGAAAAUGCUGAGUGGGCGAUUCGCAGCGAAGAAGAAUAUCGCAAUCGAAGGUGAAAUAGCAUACAACGGCGCAACUAGCAGCGAACUCUGCGAUCGACUUCCUCAAUUCGUGUCGUACGUGGCCCAGCAAGACAAACACAUAGCUGCUCUAACCGUGAAGGAGACGUUAGAGUUCGCACACGCUUGUUGCGGCCUGGAGCUUUCGGAGCAUGAUGCUAAGAAGCACAUGACGGGCAAUCCUGCAGAGAACGCAGCGGCUAUGGAAGUCGCUAACGCCAUGUUCAAACACCACCCGGGAGUUGUAACUCAGCAAUUUGGACUUCAAAUGUGUCAAAACACGGUAGUAGGCGAUGCCAUGUUGCGUGGUGUGUCUGGUGGUGAACGCAAGCGUGUUUCGACUGCUGAAAUGCAGUUUGGCAACCAACAAGUCUUGAUGAUGGACGAGAUCAGUACGGGUCUCGACAGCGCUGCAGCCUUCGAUAUCGUCAAUACGCAGCGCAGUCUGGCCAAGAAAUUCCACAAAACUGUGGUGAUUUCACUUCUGCAACCGUCUCCUGAAAUCUUCAAUUUGUUCGACAAUGUGCUUCUCCUCAACGCUGGCCGGGUAAUGUACAACGGGCCGAGAGAAGAUGCUCUAAGUUACUUCGAAAGUUUGGGGUUCAAAUGCAUUCCACAUCGGGACGUCGCGGACUUUCUGAUGGAUCUCCGAACGAACAAACAGACUCUGUAUGAGAACGAGCUGGCUGUGAUUCCUCGUACGCCUAGCGAAUUCGCAGAAGCCUUAGCAAACUCGGACGUAUUUUACCGUCUUCAAGCGGAAUUGAACUCUCCAGUGUCGCCAAAACUUCUGGAGAUAAAGGAGAAAUUCAUGGACUCCUUCCCAAACUUUUGCCAGGGCUUCUUGGCUAGCACUGGUACGCUUAUGAAGCGCCAGAUCAAGAUGACAAUCCGCAACACUGCUUACUUGAAGGGGAGAGGCUUGAUGGUCAUUGUAAUGGGCCUUCUGAACGGCAGUGUGUACUACCAGUUCGACGUCACGGACGCUCAGAUCGUACUGGGAAUCAUAUUCGCUUCCGUCAUGUUCUUAUCGAUGAGUCAGUCGGCGCAGAUCCCUACGUUCAUGGCCAGUAGAGACGUGUUUUACAAGCAGAGAGGUGCUAAUUUCUACCGAACUGCUUCAUAUGUAUGGGCCAACUCGGUGAGUCAAAUUCCGCUGGCAGUUCUAGAGAGUUUCGUGUACGGAUCGAUGGUGUACUGA